AUGGAGACCGAUUCGGCUCACCGCAAGAUUGAGCUCCAAGAGCCAGAGGAUCUCGCCUUCCUCAUCGCCAACGUGCGCCAAGCCGCUCGCGAACGCAUCGACGAGGCCUUCCCCCAAUCGCUCGUCGACGAGUACAUCACCAAGACAUUUACCCUCGCCGCCCCGAGCCUAGCCAUCAACGGCCUCCCCGUCGACCCAGACACCUACCUCUCCCCCGACAAGCCCAACCAGCGAGGCUCCCGGUCCAAGUCCAAAGCCGCCCCCGCCGCCCCCGUCAUCUACGAAGCCUUUGACGACCGGAUGCACCAGCGCGUCCUCGAUCUCGCCCGCGAGGAAGAGGACCUCCUCGCCGAGAUCGCCGCGCUCAAGCAAAAGUCCCUAAGCGCGGUUAACCUCGUGUGCGGCGACUUGCAGCGCAUCGUCGCCGAGGGCAGCGCUGGCCUCUUGGGCGUCGACGCCGCCGUCAAGGCCAAGGGCGGAGAUGGCGGUGCUGCCGAGGAGGCGUGGAGGAAUGCUAUCCAGGGCCUCGAGAAGCUGAAGCGGGAGAUGCCCGCGGCCGUGGCCAAGAUGGAGAGGGCGAGAGUAGCGGGAGAGUAUGUCAUCACUGAGGGGAGGUGA